GCGCCUGGAGUGGGCCUCUGGAUCUCGGCCAGGAGAUUUCUGAUCAGGAUUGUUAAAAUGAGUCUGCGGAAGCAAACCCCCAGUGACUUCUUAAAGCAAAUCAUUGGACGACCAGUUGUGGUAAAAUUAAAUUCUGGAGUGGAUUAUCGAGGGGUCCUGGCUUGCCUGGAUGGCUACAUGAAUAUAGCCUUGGAGCAGACAGAAGAAUAUGUAAAUGGACAACUGAAGAAUAAAUACGGGGAUGCAUUUAUCCGAGGCAACAAUGUCUUGUAUAUAAGUACACAGAAGAGGAGGAUGUGAAGACACGAAGAGUUGUACACCAAGUACAAUACUUUUCAUUCAUACUUGGAUCUAUAUUUUAUGAAGUUUUUGGUUCUUUUGUGAUAUAAUUUGUCCUAUUUCAUAAUAGUUGGUGAUUUUUCACUGACAUGUGGGUAACAUAUGUAUAAAAUUGUGGAUUUAAUUAUAAAGAGUUCUUUCAUAUUUAAGUUUCAGUCAUUUUCUUUUAUUGGUAUGUCAGUGUGCAGAAUGCAAAAAAGAAUAAAAAAAACAAAA